AUGCCAACGGUCAAUCCUUCGCUUGGGUGGAACGGGUCAAUCGGGCACUCCAAUCCACAGCCACACUCCACGCUCCACCACGACGAAGGACGCAGCGUCACGAGCAACACAGCAAAAGCUUCUUCUUCCUCUUCCCGUCAAUACACAAGCCAGAGAUAAACAAGCCAAGGUAGUGUGUACUGUAUAACAUUCAUGGCGAGCCUUCCAGCAGAGGAAAAUGGGAAUGACGACGAGGUCAGCUGCAAGAAGCCUUGUCAAGCAGUACUGGUACCCAAGCACGAGUUGUGGGAAAAGAGCGAUGUUUGGGUCGACCAGAUUUUCCCUUUUGUGGGCAUUGGCCAGUUUGCCUUUGUGGCACCAGUCAAUAAAGACGUGAAAGGUCUGUAUCGAGAGUAUUGUGAGACUGUUCGUGAUCCUCCCAAGGUCGUUACUACUGAGAGUCCACCUACCAGCCGCUCUGCAAUCUAUUGCGACACUUUUCUGAGCGUAGCGCUGUCUAACGUCGCAUGUGCCGAAUCUUGGUUUCAAGAGAUGACCACAGAAGAGAAUUGCAUUCUUGCUGACAGAGUGUGUGACGCGGCAGCAAAAUCUGGAAAUCUUGAGAUCUUUCAAUGGGCUCGCGGGAAGGGAUUCCCGUGGACGGCACGGACCUGCAAAAUUGCCGCGGAGCAAGGCCAUUUGGUCGUACUCAAGUGGGCCCAUGAGAAUGGAUGUCAAUGGUUUUCGUGGGCAUGCGCUUGUGCGGCUGAAAAUGGCCAUCUACAUGUUGUGAAGCAUCUUCAUGAAAAUGGUUGCGGAUGGGACAAAUGGACGUGCACAAAUGCAGCCAUGAAUGGCCAUUUUGAAAUACUAGCGUACGCUCAUGACAAUGGCUGUCCUUGGGAUGAAAAAACCUGCAGCUACGCUGCUGCUGCGGGACAUUUGAGUAUUCUGAAGUACCUAUAUGAGAAUGGCUGUCCUUGGAAUUCAUCAACAUGCUGCCAUGCAGCCAGAAUCGGCAAUCUGGAAAUGCUGAAGUAUGCGCUUAACAACAGUUGCCCAUGGAGCCAACUUGCCAUCCAGCAGGCGGCAGACAGUGGCCAUUUACAUGUGCUGAAAUGGUUGCAUGAAAACGGCUUCCCUUUUUGUGAAAAUCUCUGUUCCAUUGCUGCUCGGAAUGGUCAUGUGAGAGUUCUGGAGUGGGCUCUUGGCAAGGGCUUUCCAUGGGAUGCAAAAAUUUGUGCCACUGCUGCUCGGAAUGGCCAUGCAGAAGUUCUCAAGUUUGCUUGUGAAAAUGGCUACGAGUGGCAGAUGCGCGAAACGACUUGUCCGGACGCUGCCAGCAAAGGCCAUUUGGGAGUUUUGAAGUUUGCGCGACAAAGAGGGUCCCCCUGGGAUGAAUACACUUGUAAAAAAGCUGCUUACAAUGGACACUUCGAUGUUGUCAAAUGGGCCCGCGAACAGGGUUGUCCUUGGGACAAAGAGACUUGUGCCGCUGCUGCUGCUGGUGGUCACCUAGAUAUCCUCAAAUGGGCCCGUGAGCAUGGUUGUGCUUGGGAUGCAGACACCUGCGAAAGGGCUGCUUGCUAUGGUCACCUAGAUCUCCUCAAAUGGGCCCGUGAGCAUGGUUGUCCUUGGGAUGCAGGCACCUGCGAAAGGGCUGCUUGCUCUGGUCACCUAGAUAUCCUCAAAUGGGCCCGUGAGCAUGGCUGUCCUUGUGAUGCAAGCACUUGUGGUGCUCGCGCUCUUUUCAGUGGUCACCUAGGUGUUCUCAAAUGGGCCCACGAGCACGGUUGUCGUUUGGAUGCAAACACUUGUGCAAGUGCUGCUCGCUAUGGUAAGCUAGAUAUCCUCAAAUGGGCUCAUGAGAUUGGGUGUCCUUGGGAUGGAAGCACUUGUGCAAGUGCUGCUGCCUUCGGUCAUUUGGAAGUUCUAAAAUGGGCCCAUGAGCAUGGCUGUCCCUGGGAUGAAUGUGCUUGGUCCAAGGCAAGAUUACAUGGUCACAAGGAUGUAUUAGCAUAUCUCGAAGCAAAUGGCUGUCCACCGAGCCACCUUUAGAUACCGGAACUGAUGCAGGGGAACUGAAUUCGCCCUGGCCAUCCUUCACUUGAUGAGCGUGUCAAAAUGAUUGCACAAGGCUCCAGAAGGUCGCAACAUCCUCCCGGCUGUGUGAUGUUCGUAAGGGAACGAGUGGCUAGCUAGGAUACAAUGGACUAAAAUCGAAAUUCCAUAGAAAAACUGUCCUCCAUUACUAGUAACUCUCCGGUAUGGAUAC